GUUCGCACCCUCGCCCACCCCACCAGCCCACCUCGGCUCUCCAGGAUGACGGCGAUACGGGCUCGCAUAUGUAACUGAGCAGUUAAUCCUAUGUACAACUAGGGAGGCAACGCCCUGCCCAAAGCGUGGAUUUCAGUUGUUUUUUUCCCCCUCCGCGACGCAUUCUGCCCCCAAAUCAUGGACGGUUUACAGGCAUUCCGGCUGGCCAAAGGAGCAGUUAACGAUGGACGAACGUCUCAGUUUGGGUACCGGAUCUUCCAACUACAGAAGCUAUUCAAGCUGCUCCAGGAGAACGAGAAGGAGCUUAUUGCUGCGAUUGCUGCAGAUACGUCACGAGAAGUCGAGGACGUAAUCCGCAAACCGUUCCGAUAUUGCGUCGACGCCAGCCAGCGGCUGUUCAAGCUGUACAAGCUCAGUGCGCCUCGCAGCCUCGAGGAGGCCGGAUCACAGUCAUGGCUUACGAUGUUCCGUCCAGACCCACUAUCCUCUCUCCUGAUCCCCUUGAUCUUCGCCAUCGAAGCCGGCAGCAGCGCGCUCCUCGCCCCCUCACCGGGGCGGACCAGCUCGCUGCUCGCCUCGCUGCUCCCCCGCUACCUUGACCGUGAAGCCUACAUAGUCAUCUCCACGCACACGGAAUCGGCGGCGUUCCAGCAGCUAGCGGUGAACACCGUCAUCACCACCGGCCGCCGGCUGAGCAUCCCACAACGGCAGAUCGCGCGCGAAGUCGGUCCGAAUAUCAUCUGCAUCCUCGACACGGGCGUUGACCUCGCCCUCGCGGCCGCGGGGAUAAAGUCGCAGACCGGGCUUUGCUCGCCGGCCGCGAUAUUGUGUCUCCCCUCACUCUGUUCGGAGCUUGCUUCGCUGCUUGGAAGGUCCGCGGUCGAGAAGGUGGAGCAGCCGCUGCACGCGAAGAAGAAGACGCUUGGAAUUGGCGGGAUCAUACCCACGACCUCGACCGAAGAGGCGCUCUUGAUUCUCGACGGCGUCGAGAUAAACCGGUUCACGUAUUUGGGCACGCAGGCGUAUGGCGAGUACAUGCUCAAAUUCCUGCCGGCGGUAAGGGUCGGGCUGGUCAAUAGUGUGCGUGGAGCGUACUACGACGAUAUCUCGGCGGAUGACUUCUUGUGCAGGCGGAGUGUUGUCAGCGAGAAGAGGCUGGAGAGCGGUGGGAGGAAGAGGAGGCCGGUGGGCGUAAUGCCCGAUCUGAAGAUUAAGCAUACCACUAAUUUUGGGUUCUUUGAUCAGGGGGCGCUGUUGGGGUUGGGGACGGUGGUGGGGACGGUGGUGUGCGGUGCGGCGCUGGCGGGAUAUAAGUUGUGGUCGAAUUAGGGACUCGGCGAGGGAAUGGGAAUUGUUUACUUCUUUGGUAUCAUGUAUCGUAGUUUAUUUGGCUGUGUGUUAUCUUGCUCGGACUUGAGUUCUGGAGAAGUUCG